ACAGGACACAACCAAUCAAAUAUUAGAACGCUUGUUGACAGGUGCUCGCUUCCGUUCACGUGGUCUACAUUUCCCGCCGUUUUGGAAAGUGCAUUGUUGAUAGUGAGAAAGUUACAAGAUCUUCGAAAUGGCACCCAGAGAUUAUGCAGCAGAAAAGGAGAAAAUAUCAACAUUCCUCAAGGAGUUCUAUCAAGAUGGCGAUAAGAGGGGAAAGGAUUUUGUAUAUACACAGCAGUUGAUGAAACUUGCCCACAGGGAGCAGGUGAGUCUGGAGAUCGACCUGGAACACGUCCGAGAGUAUGAGCCUGACCUGGCUGAUGCCAUUGUUGAAAACGCACGUCGCUAUGGCAACUUGUUUGCUGAUGCGGUUCAGGAAUUACUGCCUGUGUACAAAGAAAGAGAUCUUGUGAACAAGGACACUCUGGAUGUUUACAUCGAACACCGGAUGUUGAUGGAACAGCGGAGUCACCCGGACGGCCAGGAGGUCACACGAGACCCCAUGAACAAAUACCCCCCAGAGCUGAUGAGGAGAUUUGAAGUGUACUUCAAGGCUCAGGGGGAUCAGAAGCAUUCCGCUAUUCGAGAGGUCAAGGCCGAGCACAUUGGCAAGCUGGUGUGUGUCAAGGGCAUCGUGACCCGAGCGACGGAGGUUAAACCCAUGAUGACCGUCGCGACCUACACCUGUGACACGUGCGGCAAUGAAACCUACCAGCCUAUCAACUCACCGUCGUUCAUGCCGCUGCUGAUGUGUCCCAGCCAGGAGUGCACCGUCAACCGCUCCGGGGGGAGGCUCUACCUGCAGACUCGGGGCUCCAAGUUCGCCAAGUUUCAGGAAAUUAAGAUCCAAGAACAUAGUGACCAAGUUCCGGUGGGCAACAUUCCCAGGAGCAUGACCAUCUUCUGUCGAGGAGAAACGACCCGCCUGGCCCAGCCCGGCGACCAUGUCAGCAUCACUGGUAUAUUUCUGCCGAUGGUGAAGACCGGCUUUGGACAAUUACAGCAGGGACUCCUGUCCGAGACUUACAUGGAGACACACCGAAUCAUCAAGAUGAACAAGACUGAGGACGAUGAGCUGGACGCACAGGAGCUGAGCGAGGAGGAGCUGAAGCAGCUUGCAGAGGACGACUUCUACGACAAGUUGGCCAGCAGCAUCGCCCCGGAGAUCUACGGACACGAGGAUGUGAAGAAGGCGCUGCUGCUCCUGCUGGUGGGCGGAGUCGACCAGUCGCCCAAGGGGAUGAAGAUCAGAGGGAACAUCAACAUCUGCCUGAUGGGCGACCCCGGUGUGGCCAAGUCACAGCUCCUGUCCUACAUCGACAGACUCGCACCCAGAAGUCAGUACACGACGGGGCGGGGCUCGUCGGGCGUCGGUCUGACGGCGGCGGUGAUGAAGGACCCCCUGACAGGGGAGAUGACGCUGGAGGGCGGGGCACUUGUCCUGGCAGACCAGGGUGUGUGCUGUAUUGACGAGUUCGACAAGAUGAUGGACGGCGACAGAACAGCCAUCCAUGAGGUCAUGGAACAGCAGACCAUCUCCAUCGCCAAGGCAGGGAUCAUGACAAGUCUGAACGCCCGCGUGUCGAUACUGGCCGCAGCCAACCCCGCCUACGGCCGCUACAACCCCAAGAAGACCAUCGAGCAGAACAUCCAGCUCCCGGCCGCUCUGCUGUCCAGGUUUGACCUGCUGUGGCUCAUCCAGGACAAGGCUGACCGAGAGAACGAUCUCAGACUGGCCCAGCACAUCACGUACGUCCACCAGCACAACAUCCACCCACCCUGUCAGUUCACGCCCCUGGACAUGAAGCUGAUGAGACGUUACAUCGCUCUCUGCAAGAAAAAGAACCCAGCUGUGCCGGAGGGCUUGGCUGAAUUCAUCACCGGCGCCUACGUGGAGAUGAGGAAGGAGGCUCGUAACAACAAGGACAUGACCUUCACCAGCGCCAGGACGCUCCUCGCCAUCCUCCGCCUCUCGACUGCACUGGCCCGUCUCCGACUAGCCGACACCGUGGAGAAGGAGGAUGUGAACGAGGCGAUGCGGUUGAUGGAGAUGUGCCGAGACUCGCUCAACCCGCACCACGACAUGCACACCAGGGUACAAAACGUGACUGACCAGAUCUUCGCUGUGAUCCGUGAAAUGGCCCCGGCCAAGGGUGUGAAGUCAGUGAAAGUGAGCGACAUUCUGGAGCAGUGUACAUCUAAAGGAUUCAAACCGGACCGGGUCGACGCCUGCAUAGACGAGUACGAGGAACUGAAUGUAUGGCAGGUCAACAACGCCAGGACAAGACUCACCUUUGUGUAAAACUGGCGAUUCUUGGGACUGACUGAAACACUAGCAAUUAACAUAGUUCUGGGUUAAUCAAGUCAUUGAUGAAAAACAACCAUCGUCAUUUCAUGGACGUCUUGGACAAGAAAUUCGAAUCACUGCCGAAGCAGGAAAGUAACAGCUUGGAACAUGUCCCCCUGGCUUUGGGGUGUAGAGAACAUAUACUGUUCAUCUGACAUUGUCAAUCUCGUGCAUUCUAUCAUAAGGUCAUGAUUUCAAGGAAGCAGUUUUAAUGUAACUUUACUAUUUGUAUUUUACGAGUUGUCUGACUGGAGUGCUCCUGUGGCGAGUGCUGUGUACAUAGUAUCACCUCACUGUAUAUAUCAUGUCUGUAGAAUCAUUACUGGUAUUAUCGUCAUCACGAAACAACUUCUCUAUUAAGAGGAGACUAGUUUUGAACAUGUACAAAUUUGUAAAUUCAUUCUGCCUGAAAUAAAUUCUUCAUCUCA